AUGGAAAUAGUAGUUUAAGUGUUGCCUGAAAUGCUUGUUAAAGCAAUCGAGAUUAAUAAUUUGAAAUAAAAUUUUAUAAAGAAUUUUCCAAAUAUGCUUAAUGAGUUCUACAAAAGUAAAUAGUUGAUCCAAAUGUACCAAUAACAAUAGAAAAACCUUAUGGUAUCAUACAAUGGAGAUGAAAAUUCUUAGAAAGUUGUUUACGAUAAAAAAUUUGAAGCUACAUUGUUUGAUAUCGAAAAUUUAGAAAAACUAAACUAUCAAGAAAUUGCUUUCAAAUUUUGGGAUAAAAUGGAAGAAAAUUCAACUCUAAUAAAAGUCCAGAUUUCUUAUGAAAAUAUUGGAUUAAAGACUUAACUAUUGAAGAUAUUAUAACAACACCUUUUGGAAUUAGAGUAUUUAUUAGAUGAACUUGCAAUUCUAAACUAAAAAAAUAAAGAAGCUGCUAUUGAAAUAAUUAUUGAUGCUUUAAAAGAUUUAAGUCUUACAAGUUAUGAUUUUUAUAAUGAGUUUAUAAAUUAACAUCAUUUAAAAUAAAUAGAAAAAUAGAAAAAAUUAGGAAAAUCUAUUAAUAUUGAUCGUUUUCUACAUGAUAUAAAAAAAUAUUCAACUAACCUUGUUAAAGCAAUGAGCAUGAAUUAAAUGACUUAAAUUUAAUAUGAAUAAUAAGGAUUAUUGUAUAAAGUAGAAAGAAAAAAUGAAAAAUGUCUCAAUGAUUUUUUUAAUGAUGAUGAUUAAUUUGGAUCUUAUAGAAAUGAUAUAAGAAGUUGUUCUCUAGUUUAAUCAAAUGGUGCUAAUUUUUAAUUUGUCCAUAAAUCAAUAUAAGAGUUCUUGAUUGCAGCUGAUUUCUAUGAGGUUUUAGUUCAAUCAAAAUAUUUUGAUACAUAGAUAUUGAAUAGCAUAAUUGAAAUAGUGUCAAAAGAAAAUAAUCAAAAUUUGGAUUGCUUAAAGUAUCUAGAAAAUAUUGUUCAUUAAAUUCUCAAUCUUUCACUUUUGGAUAAACAAACUAUUAAAUCAAUUAUUCUUUUGAUAAGAACCAUAAAAGAACAUUAUUUUAAUUUUGUUCAUUACUCUACUGAAAUCUAUGCUGGAACAAGAUAAUAUCUCAUUUAAAAAUAUAACAGGAGGUUAAAAUAACAGAAUUAUUGAAAUUUUUAGUUCAUAUCACAACAAUAGAUAAAAGUUUUAUAAUUAGUGGAUCGAAUGCACUUAAUAUAUUGGUUGAAAUGAAGGUGAAUCUUACAAACUAAAAUUUUGAAAAUAUAAGUAUUUAAAAUACUUCAUUAUUUAGAGGUAAUUUUGCAAAAUGCAAUUUAACAAGAUCCAAAUUAAAAAAUGUAAAUAUCAAUAGAAUCAAUUUAAGUGGAGCCUAAUUGCUUGACUGUAAAUGGAAAUAAUUAAAAAUAAACGAUUUAUUUUAAUUAGAUGGUCAUGAUGGUGCCACCUCAGUUUGUUUCUCUCCUGAUGGAAAUACAUUAGCUUCUGGUAGUGGUGAUUAGUCUAUCCGUCUAUGGGAUGUCAAAACAGGAUAAUAAAAAGCCAAAUUAGAUGGUCAUA